GUAGUGGCCCCCGGAUGCAGAGGUCGGCGUCGCUGCAGAGUAGCGCGAGCGACCAAUCGGCAGAUGAUGUCUUCUUCGACUUGAUCGACGUGGAUGGACAACCAGUGGCACACGAGGCGGGCGCUCAACAACCACCACAAGGUAGUCCAGCGUUCGCGCAAUUGGAACCGAACGCCCUUCCUCCUCAUCCAACAGCAUCAUCUGGGUUCAACCCCAAUGUGGCCGCAAAUAUGCUUGCUGCACCCGCGGCUGCUGCUUCUGGCGGUUGGACACAGGAGCAGCAACGCCAUCCACAGCAGGCUGCAGUGUCAUUCGAGCUGGCAACCCGCCCGUCGCCAAGUCAGGCCGACGACGCGAACGCUGCAACGGUGCUGCAUGUAUCAGUCAGCGGCGACGAUGUCGAGGACGAAUUUCUGGAUGUGAGUCCCGUGGAGGUCGCAAGCAUUAUUACCGACACCGUUCGCCCGCUGUUCACGAGCGGAUCGCCGGUUCUCAGUCCAACUGGACUCGUUGACGUGCCAUCCAACCGGUCGCUGGGCGUGAGUUUUGCCGUUCCUGCCUCAUCUAUCGGGAGUUCGACCGGUAGAUUUUCGUCAAGACCCCGAUCCAUCAGGGCACAGACAACAACCUCACAGAGCAACCACGACGAUUCGAGUGUCGCCGACAUCAAAUUCCGACUAGCCUCCGUGCGCCUCAAGGUCUCCUCGUUUCUCGGCAUUUUGAUUUCUGGCUUUGCGUUCACCGCUUUGGUGGAAGUCAAGUUUGGCGAGCUUCCGGCAUCCGUGUUGGUGCCCUACGCUGUGAUUGCGAGUAUUCAGUGCACAUCGAGCAUGAUCGCCUUCAUGAUGGGCUCGUUUAUUCGCCCCGUCAUCAACCCCUCCCUCAUCGAGGGGCGAAAACAAAACCUUGCCGAGUAUGCUCAACGUCGAGAGCAGCGGCGCCUGGAACAACUCACCCAGCCCCAACAGCCAUCGGCACGCGCCACGCUCCAGGCUCCCCCGAGUUUCGCGAGCGGGCUGACAGUGGCAACGUCAAGCGAGAGCCUCUUGUUGUGGGCUUCCAAUCGUUCCGUGCAAACCCGUCAAGGGAGUCGCGGGGAUUUCGCUGGGUCAGGCCGCGACCCAACUGCCGUGGCCUACGAUCGGUUCCAAGUGAUCAUCACCUCCGUAUGGCUUAUCAGCACUGUCUCCAGUGUCAUUCUCUUUGUUGCCAGCGCAGCAAUGAUUGGCUAUGUGCGAUUUUAUUACCACGCCACGGCCAAGAUUGUUUCGGUGGUCUUGAUAUCUCCUUUCGCCGCCAUUUUUGUUGUGUUUGCCUUCUACAUGUACCGUCUUCUGAUGGCUCUCGAGUUGGCUUAUCACAAGCAGCGUCUGGACCGAGCUCGUCGGUUGCUUCAUGUGUAAAUUCGUGAAUAUUCAUUGUACAUUUCAUUCAUGCGAAAAAAAAAAUGAAACAUGCAAGACAUCUAC